AUGUCUCAAUAUACAAAAGCAACAACCCCAAAGAAAAUCUUUAUGGUAGAGAAAGGAUUCUAUUCAAUAAAUUUAGAGGAUGGAACUAUUUAGAAGUUAGGACCUGAAAAGAAAAGUUAUAAGUUACCUUAGCAUUCUUCAAAUAAAUCUCUAAAAGUAGAAAAAGAUCUACUCAUAGCCAAAGGAUAAUAAAAUUAAGAUUCCAUUCAAAGAGUAUUAUAUCAUUUGAUUAUAUAUCUAGAAUAAUUAAGAAACAAGAAAGAAUUAAGAAAAUACUAGAAAACUUAAUUCAUAAAGGAAUAAUUGA